AUGGAUGUCAUCGGUCUGAUAGAACCAUCCGCUUCUGAUGGACAAAGAUUCAUUUUGGUUGCCAUUGAUUACUUCACCAAGUGGAUGGAAGCAGCUUCUUACAAGUCGGUAACGAAUAAAGUGGUAGCUGAUUUUGUUCGAAAUAAUUUGAUAUGCAGGUUCGGAGUACCAGAAUCGCUCAUUACUGAUAAUGGUGCAAAUCUUAAUAGUCACCUGAUGAGAGAUAUAUGUGACCAAUUUAAGAUCACGCACCGGAAUUCAACCGCUUAUCGUCCCCAAAUGAAUGGAGUAUAUGGAACAGAAGAAGUCAUACCUGCUGAAGUUGAGAUACCAUCCUUAAGGAUCAUCCAAAAAGCAGAAUUUAGUAAUGCUGAGUGGGUCAACAAGAGCAUUGAUCAGUUAACUUUGAUCGAUGAGAAGAGAAUGAUUGUUGUUUGUCAUGGUUAG